AUGAUAAGGUAUUCCUUGGUUGCGAUUACCUUUGCAGGUUUACUGCUACGAGUGGUGGUAGCGAACUCGAAUGCAAAGUUGACCAAAGAUGGUGCGUUGGCGCUGUGUAAGCUGACGGAUGUCGCUGAUCUUGUUGCAACAAAAAAAGCAGAUAAAAUCAGAAAGGACACUGAAGGUUUCGCAGAUGAGUUGAAACUCUGGCUGGACAGGUUGGAACACUGGUUACAAACACUGGAAACCCGUGCACACAGCAACAACGGCUAUUCGAAGCUUUCGGAUGCUGAUACUAAAAAAGUGAAGGAAAUAUACGAAAAGGCGAAAGGUAAAGUGAGUGAACAACUCCCGAAAGCGAAAGAAUUUGGCGAGGAAGCUGGAAAACGCCAUCAGGAGGUGACCGAGGCAGCAAAGAGGGCGCGAGGAUGGGGACUUGAUGAUGAGGGUCAAAACUCUAGUGGACUUCACCAGCUUUUAGAGUGGUACUGCGGAACGAAGGGAGAUAAUGCAAACAAUCAGAAGUGUGAUGGUGUUAAAGUAAAAGAACACUACUUAGGGCGGGAAAGGAACCCAAUUGAUUGCAAAGGAACGGGUUCUACAGUGCCGUUUUACCUGGAUGUGACAUCAGGGACGAUGAAAGAGGCCUUAGAGAAUUGGGAGAGGAAGAAGCCAAAAAGCGACGGUGAGCCAGUCAACAACAACUGGAAGGCCGACUAUGACUCAGCCACGAACAAGCUUAAGGAACUCGAAGAGUCACACGAAAAGGGGAAAAAGACAGUUAACGAUGUAUCUGGCUUUUAUAAUGCAGCGUACGCUCUUCAUAGUGGAUUGAGUGCAGGCAAGCCACUCAGCGAAGUUUUGGUCGAAGCCAAGGAAGCAAGCAGAAAGGGUGCAAAAUUCACUAACCCUGGAGGUGCCGCUCCCGAGACCACACACCGAGGGGUUGGCACUUCAACUGGAGAGGGUGGGGCAACAGAAACAACAGGAGGAACAUCAACAACAAUAUCAACAGGAACAGGAACAGGAACAACAAGUGGAACCGAACCAGAGGUCGUUGGAGCUGAUGCGGACUUCGGUGACCUCCUGGAGACUAGUGAUAGAUCAGCACUAAGCAGUAAGAUCAAGGAAAGCAAGGUAAUACUUAUGGCUGUUCUCAUACCUGUCGCUAUCCUCGCGAUUAUUACAGCUGUGGUGCUUGUGUUUGUGAGACGAAGAAGAGGUAAUGCUGAAGAUGUAAUUGAUGAGAAAGGUGAGGCAGUUUCUUCACCUGACAAAAAGGGUGGGGCAACCUCUCCAUGUUACAGGAAGGAAUGA